CCAAGCUCGACAGGGGACUGUGAUGAACACGACGAUCAUACGAAGGUAGACUGAUUGGGGGUGCCGGUUGUCCACCCACCUUUGAAGCACUGGUUCGUGGAGGGGCCGCUCACCGUCUCUGCGACUGCUUAUACCAGCUGAAGCUCUUGUCGCCGGUUCGGCUGCGCUUCCCCGAGUCAAACUUGCUUAACAUCCCGUUGCAGAGCCUGAGCGUAUUCUCGAGAUGGCGUCCACAGAAAGGCCCGACGCGCAUACCCAGCGCUACGAUCGCCAGCUCCGUCUCUGGGCGUCUUCCGGACAAGCAUCGCUAGAGUCUGCUUCUGUUCUUUUGAUCGGCUGCACGCCAACUGGAACAUCUACACUAAAGAAUCUUGUUCUUCCCGGUAUCGGUUCUUUCACCAUAUUGGACCCGCGCAAAACGCUCGACAUUGACAGAGGCGCAAACUUCUUCCUGGAUCCAGAAGCCAAGAACGGUGCCAGCUGGAGAGCCGAUGAUGCUGUACGGCUGCUGACUGAGCUCAACCCGAAUGUGAAGGGUUUUGCACGGCAUGAGGAUGUAAGGGAACUACUGCCCCAUGAUCCGUCAUUCUUCACCGCGUUCAGCCUGAUCAUCGCCUCCAAUCAGCCCGAUGAUGUUCUUUACGCGCUUUCUGAGCUCUGUUGGAACCCAGCUGGGGCGUCAUCGUCCUCUUCCACUGCGGCGUCACUCCCUUUGCUGAGUGUUAGGACUUCAGGGCUGGUAGGCGAGGCCGCAUUCCAGAUCAAGGAAGCUGGAAUCAUCGAAACACACCCCGAAUCGCUCGUAUCAUUACGUCUCACUGCGCCCUGGCCGGAGCUGGAAAAAUACGCUCUGUCGGUUCACGUGCAACCAGAAGACAGCAUGGAGCGCUCUCACAUCCCAUUUAUCGUUCUCCUCAUGCGAACACUGCAUGAGUGGAAGGAACAGCACGGCGGAGCUCUUCCGGACCCGGCAGUAGAUCGCAAAUCGUUUACCGACAAGGUGUGGGCGUGUAAGCACCCAGGCGAGGUGGAUUCAGAGAACGUGGAAGAGGCCGUUGCGGCUCUCAAUUCGCACGUUUGGCGACCCAUUAGGCAGCUGAAGGAGAAGAAUGCCGCUGGAGAAGCUGGAGUUCCUACAGAAAUUCAACAACUCUUUAAAGACGCAGCCUGCGAGAAGAUCAAUCGAAAUUCGACGAAUUUCUGGCUUCUCGCCCGUGCCUUGCGCUCCUUUGUCCAUGCCAAACCAACGGCUUCACCGCCUGGAGGGGGUGGCUACUUGCCACAGCCAGGCUCAAUACCGGACAUGAAGGCGCUCUCCGCGACGUACAUUCAGAUCCAAAAGCUUUACUACGAAAAAGCUGAGGCCGACUUGGCAGCGUUUCGGCAGCACUUGGAUGUUGCCCUCAAAAAAGCGGGCAUCACCGCGCCUAUUUCGGACCAUGAAGUCCGUACGUUUGUCAAGCAUGCCGCAUUCCUUGUAGUGAUCUGUGGCAAGAAACUCAAAGAACAACACGACAGCCCGAAUGCCAUUGAUUCUUUCUCUGCAUACAAUCCAGACAUCCAGCCGCCGACGCUGCCUCAUCACAUCGCCUUCCUGGCCGCCUCUAUCUUCUACAACCAACAUAGUCGCUUCCCAGGCGCGAGUGCCGCCUUCAGUCGCGCCGUGACUUCUUCUGCGGAUGCGAAUGCGGACGGGGAUGAUGAGGAAGAGGACAUCGAAGCGGACAGCGACGAGCUCAAGGCCAUUGCGCGGACCCUCGCGCCUAAAUACGGCGCAGACAUCGCGAACGAGGACAUUAUGGAGCUUAUCGACAAUGCUGCUGAGGAAAUGGCUCGGGCAGGUCACAGCUCGCUACCUUCGACUUCUGCGCUCAUGGGCGGCAUCGUUGCGCAAGAGGUGAUCAAGCUGGUGACACGGCAGUACGUCCCAGCGAACAACACGGUGGUCUACAAUGGCAUUCAGCAAGCCGUCGGAGUCUUUAAAUUGUGAACACUACGGAAUGCGAUUGAGAAAGCCGCCUUGAUGGCUGAGCGCGAGCAUACCGAUGGCAUGAGAUUGGUCAUGUAGCAUAUAAGCAGCUUUGCAAUAUACACUAUCAAGCCACA